UCCAGCCUCUGGAUCCCGCACUGCCCUCCCUCCUUCCUUCCCUCCUCCCUCCAGCGGUGAGGGGCUGGGGACUAGUCUCUGUGCAAUUAGGUGGGAGAGGGCUGCAAGAAGAGGAGAGCGUCAGAUGCUCGGUUCUCCCCUUGUGCCUGACGCUCCUGCCUGGAUUCGCAGGGGCUGGACUCUGGGAAAAACCACAGGAGCCCUGGCAGCCGCUGGAGGAAGCCGCUGAAGCGUGCACCCAUCCUGAAAAGUCCCUGUGCUGGAGGGUUAAGCUCCCAGUGCGGUCCCCGCCGGCCGUCAGCACCAUGGACAGCGGCACCGUCCCCAGGACCCCCGCCGCCGCAGCCAACUGCUCCGAUUCCUACGCGCACUCUGCAAGUUGCGCCCCAGCACCGAACCCCGGGUCCUGGGUCAACUUCUCACACAUGGAUGGCAACCUGUCCGACCCGUGCGGCCCGAACCGCACGGCGCUGAGCGGGAGUGACAGCCUGUGCCCUCCGACCAGCAGCCCUUCCACGGUCACGGCCGUCACCAUCAUGGUCCUCUACUCCGUGGUGUGCGUGGUGGGUCUCUUCGGGAACUUCCUGGUCAUGUAUGUGAUUGUCAGAUACACCAAAAUGAAGACGGCCACCAACAUCUAUAUCUUCAACCUCGCUCUGGCAGAUGCCUUGGCGACCAGUACCCUGCCAUUCCAGAGUGUCAAUUACCUCAUGGGAACAUGGCCAUUUGGAACCGUCCUCUGCAAGAUUGUGAUCUCCAUAGACUACUAUAACAUGUUCACCAGCAUAUUCACGCUCUGUACCAUGAGUGUGGAUCGCUACAUCGCCGUCUGCCAUCCCGUCAAGGCCCUGGAUUUCCGUACGCCCCGCAAUGCCAAAAUCGUCAAUGUCUGCAACUGGAUCCUCUCUUCAGCCAUUGGUCUGCCUGUGAUGUUCAUGGCCACAACAAAGUACAGGCAUGGUUCCGUAGAUUGCACAUUAACAUUCUCUCACCCAGCCUGGUACUGGGAAAAUCUACUGAAAAUCUGUGUGUUCAUCUUCGCCUUCAUCAUGCCCGUCCUCAUCAUCACGGUGUGCUACGGGCUAAUGAUCUUACGCCUCAAGAGUGUCCGCAUGCUCUCUGGCUCCAAGGAAAAGGACAGGAAUCUCCGGAGAAUCACCAGGAUGGUGCUGGUGGUCGUAGCUGUGUUCAUCGUCUGCUGGACCCCCAUCCACAUUUACGUCAUCAUCAAAGCCUUGAUCACAAUCCCAGAAACUACUUUUCAGACGGUUUCCUGGCACUUCUGCAUUGCUCUGGGUUACACAAACAGCUGCCUGAACCCAGUCCUUUAUGCGUUUCUGGACGAAAACUUCAAGCGAUGCUUCAGAGAGUUCUGUAUACCAACUUCCUCCACCAUUGAGCAGCAAAACUCCACUCGGAUUCGUCAGAACACUAGAGACCACCCCUCCACGGCCAACACAGUGGAUAGGACUAACCAUCAGGUAUGCAGCUUCUAGAACUGG